AUGGGGGGCACCUUGGAGUACCUGUCGGGGCUGCUGGGAGGGAGUGGAAGCCAUGGCCACGACCACGAGAGCAAGAAGAAGAAGAGGAAGCAGCUGCAGACGGUGGAGCUCAAGGUCAGGAUGGACUGUGAGGGGUGCGAGCUCAAGGUCAGGAGCAGCCUCUCCUCCAUGAAAGGGGUCGAGUCAGUGGAGAUAAACAGGAAGCAGCAGAAGGUGACGGUGGUCGGGUACGUGGAGGCGAGCAAGGUGCUGAAGAAGGCGCAGUCCACGGGGAAGAAGGCGGAGCUGUGGCCGUACGUGCCCUACAACCUGGUGGCGCAGCCCUACGUGGCCUGUACCUACGACAAGCGCGCCCCGCCCGGGUACGUCCGGAGCGCGGAGCCUGCUGCAGGCUAUGUGGCCGCCAGCAGCCAACUGCAGGCCGGCGGCGGCAGGCCGCCGGGCGACCACCUCACCGACAUGUUCAACGACGAGAACCCCAACUCCUGCUCGGUCAUGUGA